CGCGCCACAGCCACGAUCACGUGACUGGAAUUGCACGGGCUCGCACCUGCAACGCGGAAUGAUACCCACUUGCACGUCUAUAUAUCGUGUUGCGGACAUCCUGGCUUAUCGCUCCUACAGGCCAGCGCGAUCAAUACGAUGGCGACAAAGCGGGAGAUAUUCCUUCAGCUUGCAGUGCGGCUGGGACAGGAUACGCGCGCACUGUCCAUCCUAACGCUUUCCUGGAAUGACCGCUACCACAAGGAAGCCAUAGGUAUCCUGGGCGGACACCUGUGUGGCUUGGGUGCGACACCCGAGGCCAUUCUCGGCAAAGACCCAUUUUCCGGGUUCGUCAGUUUGUGUGCGACGCUCAAAGACGAGAUACCUUUGAUCGUGGUGGUCACUAUGAAGAAAAGGAAGGCAGGGCAGCAGCACUAUCGGAAAGUCCACCGGCGAUUGGUCGAAGAUCUUGGGCUUCGCCGGAUGGACAACGAUGUCCGGAUGGCCAACCUCAGGGCGAUCGCGUACGAGACCCGUCUUCCACGGCUUCAUAUUCCUUACCCCGACCACCGACACUGGGUUUAUGAGACCCCCGAGAUCGCGGCACUCUGGCGACCUCACAUCGAGGCCGGCCCACUGCCAGACAAACGGAUGAAACGUCUGCCGAUGCUGGCGGAAGACAUCUCGCAGCUCGCCCAUAUCGUUCCCAAGGACAAGAGUGCCAUCAUCUACGAUUGUGCGACUGGGCAAAUCGCUGUCGCGGUUAUUCGCAAUUUCUGCGGUGAUCAACAAGUCGUCAAUUGGGCAGGAGAUGUGAUUGGUUUGAAUGCGAGCCUGAGGCGCAAUGUGCGGAAGGGAGACCCAGGAACCCUUGUCUGUAUCGGCUAUACAGCAGGUUCACGAUCUAGCCCUUGUUUCGUCUGGACCCGCAACACGCUCAGCAAGAAGCACCCGCCUGAAUACCUCAAGUCCCUCGAAUGCCGCACGGCAUCAGUCUGUUCCCUCUCAUUCAAUAUGAUGUGUGGCCGUCUUCCAGAUGCCAUCACCCAAGACUUUGAGGAUUUCCUCGCAGAGCACAAUUUUUGUCGGAUGGAUGGUAAUGGCGAAAUGGCAGAGAAGGGUAGCACACGUGGGACGUACUGCGUUGAGAAGGCGGGCGAGUUUGUAGAAUUUCACAAUGCCGAACUCGCUCCGCCCGCUGCAUUCAUGGGAGCUAACUAUGCUCGAGCGAUGCAUUCCGAACACCAGCCACACAGAUAUGCGUAUUCGUGGACGACAAAUCGUAAUCUGAACGAUGACGAAGGAGGGAAUUUCUAUGUCGCAAGUUAUGGUGUCAAGGUGUGUAUGGCACCGAACACUUUCAUUGCAUGGUGCCCACGGGAUGUCCAUGGCACGAGCCUGAUGAAGCGGGACCCUGGGCGCCCAGAUCCUCCAUUUGCACAAUGGGGUCUGUCAGUCGCUACAAGUUCACGGCUACCAGGGAUAUGGAAGAAGUACCUUGAUGGGAUCAUCUCAGCUGAACGAGCUGCAAAGGAGUGGGAGGAUACACUUGAAGACGAUCUCAUUGACGACGAGAAGUGAUACAAUAUGUAAUAUUAUACAAAGAUUGGCAAAUGGUCAUUGUACUAUGGGAUCAUGCAGACACGCGGAACACAUAAAGGGUCACAACAAACCUCAGGUCGUCGAUGCACUCGCCGAGG